CGCACCUGCGCAGUGUCCUUUCGGUUGACAGCGGCAAUGGCGGCUUCCUUGUGGAUGUGCAGGUUGAGGCCGAGGGGAUUGAAAGGAGCACUGAAGAGCCUCGAGAAUGGGUGCAUCACACCCCAGAGUAAGCACAGCAACAGCAGCGCCGCAGUCAGGAGUGAGGUCGAUCAAAGAAAAGACCAAACAGAUACUACUGCUGAAAGAAAACCCUUUUAUGUGCUGCAAGAAGAAAGGCUUGAGCAAGCAGAGAGAUCAGUUCUUAUUAACUGUCCCCCAAAAACCAACGAGAAGAAGUUUCUCAAACAUUUGUCAAGCCAUGGAGAAAUCAAUACCUGCUUCUUCUAUGAAAGCUUUGGUACUUAUGCUGUGGUGGAGUUUUCAAAGAAAGAGAGUAUAGCAUCUCUUCAAGAUGGGACCAUCAUCCCAAGCAUUCAACAUGAAGCUACUGUGCCAUUCAAAUCUAGACUUGUCUCUUUAAAACUGAACAAUCCAGAUGACCUAUCGAGUGUCUCUUCAUCUAUUCAGUGCCUAAGACAGUCUGCCAUUCCUAUCAAUGAACUUGUUCAGAAGCUUUCAAGCGCUGACACGAUAGAUCAACAGCUGUAUACCCUAACUGAAACAUAUCAGUUGACUGAAGACAAUGUUCGCCUCCGUUUCUUGGUGUGUUCCUUACUGAAAGACAUUGCAGCUGCCUAUUUUCCUGAAUGCACUGUGAAGCUAUUUGGCUCAUCAGUAAAUGGCUUUGGGAAGCUAGGUUGUGACUUGGAUAUGUUUCUAGACUUGGAUGGUAUCAGUGGAAGGAAUUCUAAAAAGACAGCGGGUCCCUUUACCCUGGAAUACCAGAUGAAGAGAGUGUCUUCGGAGAGGGCAGCCACGCAGAAAAUCCUGUCUGUGAUCGGGGAAUGCAUCGACCAGUUUGGCCCGGGCUGUGUGGGAGUGCAGAAGAUCCUAAACGCACGCUGCCCUCUGGUGCGAUUCGCUCAUCAGCCCUCUGGAUUCCAGUGUGACCUCACCGCCAAUAACAGAAUAGCCAUUAAGAGCUCUGAGCUGCUGUACCUGUACGGCUCCCUGGACGCGCGAGUGAGAGCGCUGGUGUUCACAGUGCGGUGCUGGGCCCGUGCUCACGCCAUCACCAGCAGCAUUCCGGGAGCCUGGAUCACCAACUUCUCCCUCACCAUGAUGGUCAUCUUCUUUCUGCAGAAGAGGGACCCUCCCAUCAUCCCAACCUUGGACCAGCUUAAAGGAUUAGCAGGUGCCUCUGAUAAACAACUUAUUGAAGGACAUGACUGUACAUUUGUUAGCAACAUCAGCAGAAUUAAUACUACAGAGAACACAGAGACGCUAGAACAACUUUUGAAGGAAUUCUUUGAAUUUUAUGGAAACUUUAAACCUUCAGUACUUAACAAUAUGAUACAUAUUACUGAAGGUAAGGAGCAGAGCAAGCCCGACAUCUCCCCUUUGCACAUACAGAACCCGUUUGAGCAGCUCCUCAAUGUGAGUAAGAACGUGAACCAGACACAGCUGGAGAGGUUUGUGUCGCUGGCCAGGGACAGCGCCUGGAUUCUACAGCAAGACGGAAUGAGCCAUCCGCUAGGGGCAGGAGCUCAGCCCUGGGGACUGGCUGCUCUGCUACUCCCCUCCGCCUCACAGACUGGAGGCAAGGGCAAGAAGAGAAGGAAGAGGGAGCCUGCCAGUGAGAGGAUAAAGAGCCUCCUGGAGUCACUGAAGAACAGCAAACCCAACAGUGUGAAUGGCAAUGGAAAGAGGAACUUUUCCACCCAGUCCCACUAGCAGGGGUCCUGCUUAGAAACGUUCCUGUGCACCUCAUGCUGAUAGGACAGCAGUGCUGAGCCCCAGCCCACCACUGGACUGCAGUCACGCAGCUCGCAGGCCUGGCUUGUUUCUGGAAGUCAGAGACACUUCUGCAUCUACACAGGAUACAAUUAAUAUAGAUCAGGUUUCAUUUUUUUUUUUGGAUUUUAAGUAAUCUGCAUUUUUAUUUGUAAUAAAGGAACAACAAUUGUUUGCAUUUGUUUAAAGACAAAACAAAAAAAUAUAUACUUUAAAAGUUUGUUUUCAUUUCUGUUUUACCAUCAUUUUAUAUUGAUUCACAUAUUCAUGCCCUAUUAAAGAAACAUUUCUAAUGUAUUUGUUUUAAAUAUUUGGUUGUAAUUGAUUACAUUUAAAGGGCAGUAGAUGUAUUUGCUUCAGCUGCCCAGGCUGUAUACCUGCUGUCAGAGUAGCAAGACUAGUGCUGU